GCCAUUGCCUGAGGGGAAUUUAUAAUUUAUAAACAUAUGGAACUUCAAUAGAGCCGACACGUUAUGAACCAGCUUCAGAACUUAUUACAUGAUGGGCUUAUAGCAACGGGACAUGUUCACAAAUGUGCGAUUAUAAGAAGGCAGGAUUAUGCUCUCAGGGCUUCAUCUCAUGGGUUCAAGCCAAGCCAGGAUGAAGUGGAAGAGCUGACAAAUUGCUUCAAGCACCUAAACUCAGUACGAGAAGAUGGCAUAGAAUUUGAGGACAAACCAUACACAGCUAUUCGAGCUGACAAGCAAUCCAUCUAUGCCACGCAUAACAAAGAUGGCUUGGUUAUUGUGAGAACAUGUGUGUACGUUGUCGUGGCAACCUAUCUUGAACACAUGUUCCCAAGCGUAUGUGUGGAGGCAGUGGAAAAGCUUGGUGAAUUUUUGAGGGAAAAAGAUCAGUGAGUGAGUCAACUUGGGAACAUUGAUUGGCCUUUCUGAAUAGUUUGGUCUUUUAUCUUUGCUGUACCUGCAAUUAGUUACCCAGGCUAUAUGAUAUGAACAUAGUAUGAACUUAUGUUGGAACAAAGAAGACCAUGUGGGAAACUCGUGAAUGUUACAUAUGACUAUAUAUCUACUAAUAACAUAUAUUUUGUUGAAUGUAUAUAUAUAGCUUCUAUGAAAUCCGUAUUU